UUUUCAGAGCCUACUACAUGUGUAAGUUGAUGGCGCUUCCAAGGAAUCGAUAAGACAAUUUAAUUUACUUGGUGCUAAAUGUUAGCGGAACCUACUACAUGUGUAAGUUGAUAGCCUACUACAAUUUAAUUUACUUGGUCCUUUUUCCUGCUGGUACGAAUCAAAUUUCGUUCAAGGAAGCUCCAAUAAAUUUCUGCUGGUACGAAUCUAGCCCUUUUUCCUGUGUAUUUAGCUCUAAAUUCUCGUCUUUUGAUUCGAAAUUAGGGUUCUCUGAUAAGUGUUUAUGCCCCAACCGCUUUGACAGUGACAUUUAGCUGCAUCGAUUAGUGACUGUUGUUAGCGUUAAUGCCCCAACCAUUUUCGACGAUAAAUGCUUGCUAUAUUAGACUGGUUUUGUAUGUGUAUGUCAUUGAUAUGCCCCAAAAUCAUUUGUAUAUGGGAUCAAUUAUAUCUUUUGUUUGUGUCACAUUGUCUAAUCUGUGAUAAAUGCUUGCUUGCUGUUUGGGUUAGUAGGUAAUACCAUUGAUGUCUUUCUCAUUGAAUGCUAAAAACAUUAAUCACAGUGCCCUAAACACAAUAACCUCUUGUUAUAUAUGAAUGAAUACAUCAUGUUCGGUUAACACAAUAACCUUCUUUCCUUCUCCUUCACUUUGUCCUUCUCCUUUGAUCUUUCUUUCUCCUAUAAACAACCACCAGAAACUAGGAAUGGAUCUUUCGAAUCCAUUUAGUAACUCUUCAGGGUUUUUGAAUAGCCAACAGUAUGAGCCGGUAUCCCCUGUCCCUGUCUUUACUUCCCAGUGGACUAAUGCUCCAAGCCAAGGUGAAAACACAACUGAAGAUAGAAAAGGAAGACAGAAUUGGUCACCUACAGAAGAUCUCGUCCUCAUAAGUGCUUGGUUGAACACAAGCAAGGACCCAGUGGUUGCAAAUGGUCAAAAGGGUGGGACCUUUUGGAAACGCAUUGCAAAUUACUUUGCUGCAAGUCCUCAGGCUGCUGGUAUGCAAAAGAGAGAGGUCGAUCACUGUAAGCAAAGGUGGGGGAAGAUAAAUGACCAAGUGUGCAAGUUUGUUGGCUGCUUAGAGGCUGCAACAAAGCAGAAGUCAAGUGGCCAGAAUGAAAAUGAUGUCAUGAAGCUUGCUAACCAAAUCUACCAUAAUGAUCACAACGUCAAGUUCACACUUGAGCAUUGUUGGAGGGAGUUGCGCCAUGAUCAGAAAUGGUGUGCAUCUUAUAAAACAGAUAAUGGCUCGUCAAAAAGAAGAAAGGUUGACGAUGGGUCUCAAGCUUCAGGACAGUCAACAAACCCCAAUACAAUUAGCCAUGGAGAUGAAGCAAUGGCUCGUCCUCCUGGUGUUAAAGCGUCAAAGGCCAAAGGUAAAAGGAAUAGCAAAGUUGUGGAAGGAGAGAACAAGAAUUUGGUAGUGUUGAAUGAGGCGUGGGAGAUAAAGCAGAAGGACCAUGAAUUGAGGAAGGAGGAUUAUGCAUUGAAGGAGAAGCGUAAUAAGCACAACAUGUUGGACAGUCUCCUUGCAAAAACAGAGCCACUUAGUGAUAUAGAAUUGGCUUUGAAGAACAAGUUAAUCACUGACAUGUUGUCAAAUGCUUGAAUUGUGUUUCAGUUUCUUGUUUAAGUUUGUGUUUCAGUUUUUUUUUUGUGUUUGUGUUUCAGUUUCUUGUUUAACUUUAUGUAGUUUGUUUAAGUUUGUUUGUACCUUUUGUUUCUUGAAUCGGAUCAAUGAUAUCUUUUGUUUGUGUUAAUGGUUGAAUGAAUCAAUUUAGUUAAGUUUGUUUAUGUCUUUUAUUUCUUGAAUCAACUCAAUGAUGUCUUUUGUUUGUUUUAUUGCUUGAAUGAAUAAGCUUCUUUGAAUCAGUUGUGUAGCUGUGUUCAUGUUGUUUGUUUCUGUUCUCAUUUGCAGGCAAAGUAUUCACAUGCCUCUCAUAGAUGUUGGAAUCAAAGUAAUAUUCACAUUUGCAGUGAAAACUUGUUUGGCUGGAGCUGAUGUUGGACAGAGCCAAAUAUUUAGUGUGAUUUUUCUUCUUCUUUCUUGUUGCAAAUUUAAUUGUAUUACAAGUUUUAUGUUUUUAAAAAUUCAAAUUUUUAGAACCUCAUAGUUCUACCAUUGGACUACCAAAAUUUUCAAAAAUCUCUUUAGUAUCUAACUUUUGGUUUUGUAUUAUUUUUAUUGUUUUUAACAACAUUUUUAGAACUUAAUAGUUCUAACCGUUGGUGAUUCUCUAA